GAUGAAAGUGAGACUUCCAGCGGAGUUUAUGGGCAGUUUCACCGCCGACAAAAGCUUUCAGAGCGACUGAGGAAGAGGCGCACGAAUGCAGGAGGCUUGCCGUGACGGCGGAGUCAUUGUUUUCUAUUUCAGGGGUUUAAAACAGGAGCUCCUCGCGCUGCAGCGGUUUGCUUUACAGUAACUGCGGCGCGUGCUCUGACGUUUGGAAAUAGGCUUUUGAUGAUAGCACAGUGAACCGCGCGCGCUGCUUGUUACUGUAACGACCGGUUUAUGGAGUAAAAACCCCUGAGAAUGAAGAGGUAUUUCUGACAGACGACGUCCACAGCCGCUGUCUGAUGUCCUCCAGUCGACUUUGAAACCAUUUCAAAAUGCUUCGCUUCUGAACUUCACAGCACUUGAAAGUGGAUGUGACCCUCAGCAGUGAGAGCUGACUGCCCGUGCGUGGGGUCAAACCCAUGGAUCUGACUGUGACACACAGGUUAUUACCUCAACGCCCCGAUUCGGCCAUGCUGGCUCCACAGCCUUCUUUCUACUUGGAGCACCUCGCCACUCAGCAUUGCCCUCAGUUUUCCCAGAACCACUUGCUGUAUAGCACUGAAGAAAGGCAGAGAAAGAUGGAGGGGGAGAAAAGAGAAGACCCGCAGCAGCUGAUGCAGAAGAAUAAAAAUGAGCAGAGUGCGGGAGCCAGCAAACAUGUUAGGCAGCUCCUGCGGGACCAUAUAAUCAUGAAGAAGCAGCCUUCUCCCAGCAGGAUUCAUGACAACUACUGCAGCACACCUCAAGGAUACAGGUUGCCUAGGCCACCAGUCUCUGACAUGUCCCUGAAGCAUGUACCCACACCCUCUGACCAGCGUAAGGACCUUUCCCUCCGAAGAACAGUUUCUGAGCCCACACUGAAGUGGAAGUUGAAGAAACUGAUCUCUGCGAGGCCUAACCCACUGCAACGAAAGAUCAGCGCCCCUCCGGCUGUCAAACAUAGGACAGAACCUAUGGACUCCUCUCCAAGCAGCAGCAGCACGUCAGCAUCAGGCUGUAGCUCACCAAACGAAAGCCUCAUGUCAGACAACGGCUCCCUGCCAAGGGCUCCUGAGUCAAAGAGGGUGCUGAUGAAGAACAAUAAUUUGGCACACUUUGCUCUGUCUAACAACCACGCUGCUAUGCACAACAUCACUGCUGGACUUCCUGCACAGGGAAGCGGCCCAGCUGUAUCUCAGCGCUUCAUCGUGAUUGAACCACACAUGAGGCUGAUGCGGCCCCAGCUAGUUCCUCUUCCUGGUUUGAGUACCUUUCCUCAGCAACAGCAUCCUCACCUCUCCUGUCCAUCCAGAAGAGAAGGCCUGGUUGCUUUGGGUUCCCACCGACCUGUGGAACGAGCACAUUCAGAGCCACUUCCUUACAGCCACUCAGUCUUGCCCCUGCAUGCAGCCCAUUACUCACAUACCCACCAGCAACUCGCCCAGAUAUACCACAAGGCUGGAUUAGAGCGGUAUAAGCUCGCUACACAUCUGAGCAAGAUUCCUUCUGAGGACAUGGACCCAGAGGAGACCGGAUCAGCAUCAGGUUCUGGGACAGGGUCUCUGUGCGGCUCUGAAAUGGGAUCACUGUGUGAAGAUGGCCACCGCAGGAGAGAAAGCUCCGCCAGCACAGACUCAGUAUAUGAGACAGAGUCCAUCACGUCCUCUAGGGACAGCUUGAAUGAGACAUCACAUUCUAUCAGUCAGAGGCAGGUAAUCCUCAGACCAGCUUUCCAGCCAGAUGCACUGGGAGUUCCUACCAUACUGUGGCCUCACCAGUCUCACCCGCCUGUGAUCCGGAGCCGUUCUCUACCACCCUCCACCUCCCUGACUCCUACCUUACAUGCAGCCGCCGUCAUACCGUCUCUGUCACUGUCCAGCCCUGCCACAGAAGCCAAGCUACGUUUUACAACAGGUUUGGUUUAUGAUGUUCAGAUGCAGAAACAUCAGUGUAUUUGUGGAGAUAACAGCUGCCACCCCGAGCAUGCUGGGAGGAUCCAGAGCAUCUGGUCCAGACUGCAAGAGAGAGGGCUUAAGAGCCAGUGUGAGACCAUCCCCAGCAGAAAAGCCACCCGUGCAGAACUUCUAUCCAUCCAUUCAGAAAACCAUUUGUUAAUAUUGGGCAACAACAGGAUAAAUGGACCACCGCUUUUUGUGAUCUUACCAUGUGGUGGGAUAGGGGUUGACAUUGAUACAGUUUGGAAUGAGCAGCACACAGCAGCUGCUUCUCAAACAGCUGCAGGGUGCAUCAUAGACCUGGCCCUGAAGGUGGCACAGGGAGAGCUAAAGAAUGGUUUUGCGGUGGUGAGGCCCCCUGGACAUCAUGCUACUCGUUCCUCACCGCUGGGCUUCUGCUACUUCAACUCCGUGGCCAUCGCAGCCAAGCAGCUUCAAAACAAACUCAACGUCAGCAAGAUCCUCAUCGUAGACUGGGAUGUGCACCAUGGCAACGGCACCCAAGAGGUCUUCUAUGAUGACCCAAGCGUUUUGUAUAUCUCUCUGCAUCGCUAUGAUGACGGGAACUUCUUUCCUGGUAGCGGGAGUCCAAAUGAGGUCGGUGUAGGUGCAGGGAAGGGCUUCAAUGUCAAUGUGGGAUGGAAUGGUGGUCUGGACCCCCCAAUGGGUGAUGCUGAAUACCUAGCUGCAUUCAGGGCUGUGGUGAUGCCCAUCGCCCACGAGUUUUCCCCUGAUGUGGUCCUGGUCUCCGCUGGCUUCGAUGCUGUCGAGGGGCACCCACCCUCAUUGGGAGGUUACACGGUCACAGCCAAGCUUUUUGGAUUUUUGACACGUCAGCUGAUGUCACUGGCGGGGGGCAGGGUCGUCCUCGCUCUAGAGGGGGGCCACAACCUCAAAGCCAUCUGCGAUGCUUCUGAAGCCUGUGUCAGCGCCUUGCUCGGUAUGGAGGUGGAGCCUCUGUCCCAGUCACUCUUGGAUCAAAAGCCCUGUGAGAACGCAGUGCGCUCUCUGCAGAGAAUCGUGCAGAUUCAGGGUAAGUUCUGGCAAAGCGUGAGGGAUUCAGCCGCCACAGUGGAUAUGUCCUACCUGCAGGCACAGAGACACCGGCUCAGGAGAGACUCAGACAGCGAGGCAGUCACUGCCAUCGCCUCUCUGUCAAUGGGCUCCCUCACCUCAGAAAGGAAACCGCUUGAAAGAAUGUGAAGAAAAAAACAUAUAUAUAUAUAUACAUAUAUAUACAUAUGUGUAUGCAUCUUGAUCAUCACUGGAACGUGCAAACCUGCACUACUACUGUCUGCAAUGUGACCACUCUGAUUCAAACAGAGGAGCAGUGUUGUGGACAUUCAUGUCCUCAGAAGAUCUCUGCAGCCUUUUCCCAAAAAGUGACAUCAAUGGCUAAACAAUAAAAGAAGUUUCAAAUAUGCCCAAACUCUGAGUAAUGAAGACCUGGUGUGACAGGAUGUAGCAUGAGCAGAGAUGAGAAACCGUUUCUGAUUGCGUCGAAAUCUGCCCAGACCACUGAGACUCUUAUUUUAAAUAAGUCGUGUCGCCGGAGAAGAGGAUGACAGGUGAACCACGAUCACUUUUCUGCACGUGACAUAGAUCAAAUGAAGGACAAGAAGAAAAAAAAAGAUUGGUUUUAAUCUGAUCGGUCUCUCUCUGAUUGCUCUCCGACUGGACAAGAAGCAUGUGAAGCGUGACCACAAUCAAGCAUUUUUUUUGUUUGUUCAUCUUUUUACUUCAUUAGAAUAUUCGUUUAUUUGACAUAUGGCACACAUUUCUGUGGAUGUCAGCAUGCAUUUUUUUUUCUUUAAAGAGAUCCAGGGUGAAGCUACAGUGGAGUCUGAGAUACAUAUGUUUCAUAUUGUUUUCUGUGUCCACAUAUUUUCUGAGAUCUUUUCUUUCUUUCUUUCUUGGCCUGUCAGCAGAGCACAUGCAGCAGGGGUUUAAAAAGCUGCAGUUAGUGUUAUCACCCUCUGACAGAUAAAAGAAGACUCAUCGUCCUUUUAUAAAAGUACAUCUUAAAUAUGCAGACACAGUGCCAUACUCGUGGCAUUAGUCCCAGUUUAAAGCUAAUACCUUAAACAAGCUGGGGCGUCGAUAUUAUGGAAGGCAUUCGUGCAUUUGAACGAAGCUCCAGUGCCUUUUGAAACUAAAGUUUUACAUGCACUGCUUUUAGAGACACAUAAACACUUUUUACUCGUCUUCUAACAUUGAAUCAACUUAAAAAUAUCCUGUUUCAAGUUUUUAAAGUUACUAGAAAUUAGCCAUAUUUUCUCAAUAUCAGAAUAAAUACACACAUUAGGAUGCCAUUACCUACUUUAGGUAAGCUGGGAUGAAGGUGUUCUAUUUUUUGAUUGGUUAAAUCACAUAAAAAAAAAAAAAUCUGAGCUUUUUCCAUGUUGUUGCACAGGGCAACAUGGAAAAUUCAAUUAAGCUGAAAGCUCAUAUAGGGAACUGUUGAUGUCCACCAGACAGAUUCACCCUUGGUUACAAUUUCCAGAUGCCUGGCAAUGCAACUUUCAUAUAUUUAAAAAAUACAUGCCAGUAUAAACUAACAUCAAUGGGAUGUCUAACUGUCAGACUAUUCAGGUUUCCGUAUCACAGAGAUAAACUCCUUUUCUGCUUGUGACAAAGCUGGUUGAAGCUGCUGAAAUGUGUUACUUAUGAAACAAGUCUUGUGCUUGGAAAGCCUUAAAGGCCAUUGAGUGAGAAAGAAGCAACAAUGCACACAGGGACAAACAUCUGGAUUAGUGGAGACAUACCCUGUGGUCUGAUGGUGGUAAAAUUAAUGUGCUUGGCUAUAACGGCCUCUGUCAUUAAAGCCUGGCCACCUGAGAGCAAAUUGUACUGUGAAACUCCUGGUAGGAACAGGUGUACCAUAUGGAAAAGUUAAUUCAAUAAAAUACUAAAACAACUUGUCAAGAUAUCCUAGAGAAAGCUAAAGCUUUGUCACAAGCGUUGUAGCAGAAAUAACAUCAGUGUUGUUGGAGAAACCAACACAAACCACUGAUCUCAAAUAGAAAGUUAGUGAGAUGCACAAACAGGACCCAUUUACUGCAACCCCAUAGGGAGGAAUGGGCCAAAUUCCCAGCAAACUGCUGUCAGGGGCAAUAUUUUACCUGUAAGCUUAAAGGGAUGUUCCAAUACUAAGGCAAAGCACUUAAACUUCUGAGCUCAAAGCG